UCUAUUUAUUUGUUCCAGUUUGUGACCUGUGAAUACCAUGUCUGAAAUUCUGAAUUCUCCAUAGUUGUAAUAAAUUUUUUUUGCUGAUGGGUUUGUCGACGAUGUAUUGGGGGUCUCUGGUAAAGAAGAAGAAGAAUAAGAAAGUGCAGGUGAUUUUUCCCAAUGGAGAAUUGCGCCCUUUUGAUCCACCCAUCACCAUAUGUGAACUUCUUUUGCAAUAUCCCCACCAUUACUGCGUUCCCCACGUCAAGGGAUCGAAUCUCACCAUGAAUGAUGAGCUCGUGGGUGGGAAUACUUAUCUUUUGUUGCCUCUGCCCAGGCUUGGAAUCAAUUCCAGUUUAAGGCGUGCUAAAUCUUGGGAGCCCUCGUUGGGCAUGAUUGCAGAAAUCAAUGCUCCACUUCAGGGAGUUUCUGCAGAGACCAAAACUCCAUUGCAGAAGAACAAAGUAGAUAAGACACUUGGAAAACAUGAGAAAAAGGUCGUUAAUAUGGUGGAGAUAAAGCCCACGUAUUCCUUGAAUCGCAGGGCUUGGGAUACGGGAAGGGCAAAGAGCAUGGAGUAUAUGGCACCUUCUGCGCUUAUAUUCUGAGCUCCUCUGAGUUAAUUCAAUGGAGAUGAUGAUAUGUGAAAUAUAAUGUUACUGUCUUUACAUGAAUGCUCUUUUUUGUUUUGUUUUGGAUGACAAAUGUCUAUCCUUCUGGCUGCCAUGCCUGAAUCUACGUUUGGUUUGGCAUUAUAAACUGUCCAUAAGUUAUGUUCAUAUCUAUAAUCUAGUCUAGUUUUGUUUUGGUAUCAUAAACAGUCCAUAAGUUAUGCUUGUGGUACAGUUUCUCUAUGUGAAAAGGAAGAAAAAUCUUCUGUUUUGUUACUUGACUUUCAAGAUAGGGUAUUCCCAACUUUUAAGAGGAAUGAUCAUUGUAGUCCAGGUAAUGGACACCAUGAUACCCACAUCAAAAGUCCUGCUAAUUUAUAGCCAUGCAUAUGUGUAUUCUCAUCCCAUGAUGAGAUGGUUCAGAAUGCUCUUUGAGAUUAGGAGAAUGAAAUAAAUGGGAUUAACCAGAUUCUGUGAUGGGAGAACUAAUUUCCUUGGCUAUCACACUGGAUGGAAAA